AUGGCGACCAUACGCGCCCCUUCGACGACUUUCCUCUCUGCGUUUCUGCCGGUUGUACGCGCGCGAUUAUUACCACACCAGGAGCAGGCAGUGCGGCGCAUACCUCUUCUACACCAGAUACAACAACUACGAGCAGCGGCGAGCUUACUGCCUGCUGUGCUUGUGCCCAUACCAUCGCUAUUGGAGCACAUAUGGGACGGCAUAUUGAAGGCAGUCCCGAAAAAGAAGACCAGUCACAUGAAGAAGCGCCAUAGGCAGAUGGCGGGAAAGGCUCUGAAGGAUGUCACGGCAUUGAACAAGUGCAGCGCAUGUGGGAGGACGAAACGUGCGCAUGUGCUGUGUCCUUAUUGUCAAUACCUCCAAACGCUGACCAUCCCGGACGCGCAUCCCACCGACAUCUUCUCGCUCGCCGUCACGCCCUCACACCUCCUGACCGCUUCCGGCUCGUCCAGUAUCAAGAUUUACAGCACCCGCGGGCAGACCAUCCACGCCGACAGCACCGAAGACGAGAACCCAUAUCCACUCACGCAGACACUCGACAAAGUGCACCCUCUCGGCUGCCACCACAUCUGUGCCAGUCUCGACGGCAAAGUCGCCGCAAGUGUGGGUUUCGCUGGCGAUCUACGAGUAUGGCACUACAAUGACGAAAGUGGGCAAUGGCAGCCCAAAGGCUCCAUCGUGCCCUCGGACAAGAAGACGGCAGCUGGUGAGCACUGGGCGCCAGCGCUGAACGAGAACGGACAGUACCUUGCUGUCACCACCUCUGAUGGCCGUGUCAAUGUCUAUGACACCUCCUCCCUUGACACAUCCGAUGGGAGUGCAGCAGCAUCCGUAGAGAAGAUCACGACUUAUGCCACCAAAGGCUCCUUCGGCAUGUCCAUCGAUAUCUCCCCCAAUGGCGAAAUGACUGGAACGGGCCACCAGAGCGGCAGCAUCUACAUCUUCAACAACUCCACCAAACGUCUCGCACAUUCCCUCUCAGGACUCAUCAAACCCGUCCGAUCCGUGAAGUUCUCCCCAGCAAACCGAUACUUGGCUGCUGCAGGUGACGCGAGGAUCAUUGCACUGUAUGACACGCAAUCUGGAGAGCAAGUUGCAAACUUCACAGGACAUGGCAGCUGGAUCAUGACUUUGGAUUGGAACUUCAGUGGAGAAUACCUGCUGAGUGGGAGUUAUGAUGGCAAAGCUAAGAUUUGGAGUAUUGAGAGGAGGGAAUGUGUCGCUACACAGACGGAGAGUGAGAAGUGCCUGUGGGCCGUCAAGUGGUUGUGGCAUAGUCCUACCGCGAGGAAUGAGGUGUUCGUAGGGGCCGGGGCGGGGCGGAGUUUGAGUUUCUAUCGAGAGGCUAGUGGGACUUGAGAGCGAGGGUCCAGGUGAAGAGAGACGCGAUGACUACACCACGCUCACGCUGGUGGUGAAGUGGCUGCCAUGAUCACUUGCAGAAUGCAAUGGUGACAUCGUUGCUGGACACAGAUUUGAUCCCAGAUGGUAUAAGGGUUCCAAGGAUGGUUGGAGAACCAGCCGACGACUUCAUGUACGAACACGAUACCCAUGGCUCGAUGCUGACCGCAAAAUAGAUUGAACAUUUUAAGGAGAUACGGAAACGUAUUACCAAACAUUAACUAACAUACACAUCCCAAUCAUGACCUCCGCUUUCAACGAGUUCGCCCACUUGUAGCUCGACUGCUCUCCCUACCCUUUGCCGACAAUUGGACAUCUCACUUGCCACUCAAGUUCCUCGCACUACGCCUGCGACCCUUGCCAUCCCAGACAGUCCCAAAUCCUCCACCAGCCCGCUCACCCUGGUUACGAGGUGCUUGAUGCGUGGCUCCUGCUGGCCUUUGGACAAAUCCGUAUCUACCUCCGGACGGCCUGGGGUCAACACGGUUGCGUCGUUGGACCCCCGAGACACCGGCUGUGCCAAACAUGCCAGCGUUAGUGGAAGGUUCAUACCGUGCAUUGUUGCGUAGAACUCCAGAGACACCGGCACGACCUUGUGUACCAGAAUUGACAUGUGGUUGACGGGUCGCAUUGCUACGAGCGAGGUGAGACUGACCUGCCACUCCGAAAGCGCCAGUGUUGGCUCCCGGUCGGCGGAUCGCGUUGCGGCGCUGGAUGCCAUAAGAAGCAGCCCCGGGACCUAUGGGACGAGCGUAGUGAUCUUCGU